ACCAAAUCAACCAAAUAUGGGAGACAUGUGUGCCAAUCCUCCCGCAUCACCAAUCACCUUCAACCAACACAAACUUGUAUUUAAGCAUCACACAUUGGCCAUUAAUUCUAUUCAAUUUGAUUUAAUCAACUGCUAAACCAUAUAGUAAUAUUAAAAUAUACACUCUAUCUGUUCCCAGAUUUAUUUAUUUAUUUCAUAAAAAAAACCCAAUCACUUCAAAUAUGUCGAGCACUCAGUUUAAUGCAGGCCAGUCCCGUGGAGGAACUCAGGCCAAGACAGAGCAAUUUGUGGAUUCGGCAAAGAGCACGGCGGAUUCUGCCGUGCACAAAGCUGAAAACGCCGCCGGAAAUGCUCAGCAAUCGGCCCAACAACGGAGGGAGGAGCAAGGCGGAGCCGCCGGAUUCCUCCAACAGACGGGUGAGCAGGUGAUCAAUGCGGCUCAAGGAGCUAUAGAUGGGGUGAAGAACACACUCGGAAUGGGCGAUCAAAAGAAGUGAAGUUACUUUGAGAUCUCAAUAAGAUUAGUGGAUCACU